CAUUACAAAAUACAUUGAUCAUCAUCACCACAUAAAAGCAAGCAGAAAACUAUACACUGCCAACAUGGGAAAGGCAAUGCAGCAAACUUCUUCAAUUUCUUCAUGCCUUCUGGUUCUCGCUGUCGCCUGUUGCCUUGUUGUCAGUUGCAGAGGCGGUGGCAGUGACAACUUGCAGCAAGACAGAAAGUUAUACAUCGUGUACAUGGGCGACCGCCCUAAAGCCGAUGCUCCACCUUCCGCACUCCACCGCAGCUUGCUCCACCGCGCCACCGGCAGCCUAAGACUCGCAGCAGAUUCCUUGGUCUACAGCUACCACAGGAGCUUCAACGGCUUUGCUGCCAAGCUGACUGAGUCCCAGAAAGACAAACUAGCCGGUUACAAAGAUGUGGUGUCUGUGUUCCCUAGUGAGAUGAAAAAACUCCACACGACAAGAUCAUGGGACUACCUGGGUUUCCCCCAAAACGUCACAAGAGCAACCGUGGAGAGCGACAUUAUCAUCGGAAUGCUCGACACUGGUAUCUGGCCCGAGUCCCAAAGCUUCAACGAUUCAGGUUACGGCCCUCCUCCAAAGAAAUGGAAGGGCACCUGCCAGUCCUCUUCCAAUUUCACCUGCAACAAUAAGAUAAUUGGAGCUAAAUACUACCAAACCGGAGUCAAGGUUACCGCAAAAGACUUCCCAUCCCCCAGAGACUCCAUAGGUCACGGGACCCACACAGCAUCCACCGCAGCCGGCAGUACGGUGACACCCGCCAGCCUCCUCGGCAUUGCUUCCGGGACGGCCCGAGGAGGAGUGCCCUCCGCUCGAAUCGCCGUUUACAAGAUCUGCUGGGCCGGCGGCUGCUCCGACGCCGACAUUCUAGCGGCGUUCGACGACGCCAUCGCCGACGGAGUCGACGUAAUCUCCCUCUCCGUUGGUGGUUCCGCAAAGGAUUAUUUUGAGGACUCCAUUGCGAUUGGAGCUUUCCAUUCGAUGAAGAACGGAAUUCUCACGUCCAACUCGGCUGGUAACGAAGGCCCCGGUCUUAAAACGAUCUCCAAUUGCUCUCCUUGGUCGCUCUCCGUGGCUGCUAGCUCCACUGACAGGAAGUUCGAAACUAAUGUGAAGUUGGGUAACGGCAAGGUUAUCACGGGGAACUCUCUGAACACGUUCGAGCCUGGUAAGAAGAUGUAUCCCAUAAUUUACGGUCGGGAUGCUCCAAAUAAGACCGCUGGUGGUGAGAUGUCAAGGUACUGUUAUGCAGGGUCAUUGGACAAGGAUCUCGUGAAAGGCAAGAUUGUGUACUGCGAUGAUGCUUCCGCUUCCGGGUUGGGACAGAUAGACGCCGGCGCCGUUGGCUCUAUAAUGAAAUCUUCUUCACCUUAUGGAGAAUUGGAAUCUCCAUUUCCUCUACCCGUUUCUCUCAUGGGUGCCGCUACUGGAGAUAAAGUUUUGGAAUACAUAAAUUCCACUAAGAACCCAACUGCAGUCAUAUCGAAGACCACCGAUUCCACAGAUUCUAAUUCAUCAUCCCCUCAUGUCGUCUUCUUUUCAUCUAGGGGCCCUAAUCCCAUAACCAGUGACAUCCUCAAGCCGGACUUGACGGCACCAGGAUUGAACAUCUUGGCAGCUUGGACUCAAGCAAACACUCUGACCGAUCAAACCGGAGACACCAGAAUCGUCCCGUACAACAUCAUCUCCGGAACAUCCAUGUCAUGUCCCCACGUGUCGGGAGCCGCAGCUUAUGUCAAAUCAUUCCACCCUACUUGGUCUCCUGCCGCCAUCAAGUCUGCCCUAAUGACAACAGCUCGUCCGUUGACCGUCAAGGACAAUGCCGACGCCGAGUUUGCAUACGGGUCGGGUCAGAUCGACCCAUCAAGAGCUGUGGACCCCGGGCUCGUAUACGACGCCGGGGAGAGUGACUACGUGAAGUUGCUUUGCGGCCAAGGAUACACCACGAAACAGCUCCGCCUCGUGACGGGAGACGACAGUGUUUGUUCGACCACGACGAAUGGAACAGUGUGGGAUCUUAACUAUCCUUCUUUCGCUCUGUCGUCGUCAACGCCUGCGAACAGUGUAACCCGAGUGUUUCAUAGGACCGUCACGAAUGUUGGGAAGGCGGUGUCUAGCUACAAGGCGACGGUAAAUGGGCCGUUGGGGCCGUCGGGGCUAAAGGUUGAAGUCGUGCCGGACGUGCUCAACUUCAAGAGUGUUGGGGAGAAACAGGAGUUUGUUGUGACGGUGACGGCUGCAUUGGGGAUCGUUACGCUCUCUGGUUCGCUGGUUUGGAGUGAUGGCAGUCACGUGGUUAGAAGCCCUCUUGUGGCGUUCGUCGCGUGACUGAUGUAAAAGCGGUUUAAUUAAAACGCAGUUUAUAUAUUCUGUCGACGUCGUUAUUAAUUCUAUUUUUAAUUUGAUGUUUUUCUAUAUGAUUCAUUAUGUAGUAAUAUGGUAAAAGAAUUUGCAUUGCAGAAAUAUUAUUGAGCUUUCCUACCUUUAUUAGAUCGAAACUAUGUUAAUUAAUUUGCCGUCUGUUUGGACGGUCAGCAGUUGGAACUGACAUGAUCUAAAAGAUUUAUUUGUUCAUUUUUUUAAAAAGGUAUAUAGCAAUUAGGAAAUAAUAAUUACUUAGAGCCUAUCUAUGUAACCGGAAUCGAUAGAAGAAUACCAAAAUAAAAAAUAAAAAAAGAAUCGAUAGAAGAAUAAAACAAUGCUUGCAAAUUGCGAUGGACAACACUUCUUCUUUUCUCUCUCUCGACUCAAAUUCGGGUUGGAUCAUGUCCUUAAGUCUAAAACUUAAGGAGUUUCUUAAGUUUUUAUUGGCCAAUAAGAGGAGGAGAGAGAAAGUGAGGUCUAACCACCUAAAAGUGCAAAUAAGAUUAUAUUAAUUAAAUAUUACUAUUUAAUAGUUAAUGAUAUUUGGAAUUGAAAUGGAAAUUCGUAAUUAAUAUUUAAAGCUUUAAAAAAGGAAAUUCAAAAUUCAGAAUGUCUACACUCUCUUCCCGUGGCAACUUUUAAUAAAAUUAUUAACAUUUGCAAUUCCAUUAUCAAUGUUUAAGAAAUGAAUUAUUAUUUAUAUACGACAUCAUUGUUAACAAUAACAGUAUAUACUUAUCAAUGUUUUACGGUUACAUUAUUAAUGAUUUUAGUUCAAUUGCUAACUUUUACAUUUCUGCCAUCAACGAUUAUUAAAGGGUUGAAUAAAAUUAUCAUGGAUUUACAACUUCAUUAUUAGGAAUCACUUUUUAAUGUUUUGUGCAUAAUUAGCUAAUCAUGGUCUCCUAUUAUGACUUUCAAUUACAUUGUUUACGUUUUGGAAUCAACUGAUAUUGGUUUACAUUGUCGUUUAUAUCGAUCAUAUAUCAUACCACUUAUUUUUAAAAUCUUUGACAUCUAUAACAUAUUGCAUAUGUGAUUAAGUAAACCAAACAUUAGUUAAUGGAGGUGUAAAACAUCAAUCAAGCAAACCAAUAUUCGAUCAUAUAUCAUCCAAAACAUACAUAUGAAUGUUGUAUUUCGUUCAAAACUAAAACAACAAUAUUAACAAUGAUGUAUUUAUCAUUGAAAAAUGGCAUCAAGCCGAUAAUACGAAUAUUGAAGACCGUUAAUAAUGAAUGAGCAAGUCAUUGAUCAUCAAACUGAAUUUCGUUGAAAACCAACAUAAAAUUAUUAAUAAUGGUAGAAUAAAAUCAUGUAUUCCAUUCAAAAUAAUAUUGUAUUUCAUUCAAAACUAAAACAAAAAUGUUAACAAUAAUUGGCACAUUAUUAUUAAUAGCUUGAAUAAUAAUGUGAAGCCUAAAACUUAUGUUUUCAUCGUCAAGAAGUAACUAUUAAAGUUAUGUCAUAUUAUUAUUAACACUUUGAAUAAUUUUAUCAAUGAUUUACAAUAUCUUUAUUAACGAUUCAUGUUUGCACAUUAUGUCCAUAACUAGUCAAUCAUGGCUUUUACAAUGACUUAUAAUGAUAUUAUUAACUUUUUGCAAUUAAUUAUUAACGAUUUAUAUUGUCAUUCUUAGCGUGUAUGAAGUUAAUUUUUAUCCAUCAUUGUUAACGAUUUCUCAUCAUUUUUUAUUGUAAACCUCUCAACGUGCGCAACAACAUAUCACCGAGUGGGAACCACCAUCCUGAGCUCCACCGUGAAUAAGACUCGAUGACAUCC